GUUGCUUUUUUCUGCUUUUCAACUUAUUCUUUGUUGACACAACUACCAAUUGUACUUUUUUUGCAAAUGGACAGAUAUUCAAGAGGAUAUAGCGAUCGUUAUAGAGGAUAUUACGACCGACCACGUUCAGACACAUACAGACCAGCUGAAAAUUAUCGAUCAGAAAGAGGAGGCGAUUACAGAAGUAGUCGAGAUUACUCUUCCCCCAGUCCUCAUUAUUCUUCCGCUUCUUCUUCUCGAUCACCCGCCCAUCGUAGUAAUAGCAACAGUGCUGGUGGACCACCUCCACCGCCACCCAGCGGUGCCAACGGCGGAGGUAGCAGCAGCCAUCGAAGUUCAAGAGACUAUGGGUAUUCGGAUUCGCCGCGACCCAGUUAUUAUAGUUCAAGGGGCCCACCACCACCGCCUUCCCCACCUUCACGUUCUUCUUCUCGCUCACCUAGACCCUAUGGAUACUAUCACCGUCCACCCUCUGCUGGCUCAUCCUAUUAUCGUCGUUCGCCAUCGCCUCGCUCUAGUUCUUCAAGAAGGGAUUCCUAUGAUCGCCAUGGUCCUCAUCGCCAUCCUCCCCCUCGUCAUAGACCUUAUCCACCGCCUCCUCCGCCACCGCCUCAUUACAGAGGAUAUUAUUCACCCUCUUCUUCAAGAAGACACUACGGCAGUGGUUCGUACCCACCACCUCCUCCUCCACCCCAUCCUUAUGAGGGAAAUAGCCGCAAUGGAAGUGGAUACAACAGUCGAGAGCCUUCGGUGGGUCCGCUUCCUCCAUUAUCAGCCACUUCACAUUUUUCGAGGUCCAUCCACGCAACGCCCUCUUCUUCACCAGCGCCUCGUUCACCACGGAAUACAUCUUUCUCCAAUACAACAGAUGCAGUUGUCACUUCGAAUGCCGCUACAUCUGUUCAGCAACCACGCGAACCAUCAGCAGCAGUAGCGACAUCCUCCCCCACGUCAACGUCACCUCACGCAGCCGCAACUGAAACACAGUCCAUGCAUCCAUCAGAUGUAAGCGCAGCGGCUUCAAAUAAAGAUGUCUUACGAACCGAUACAGAGGACGUAGCAAUGGAAGAAAGACCUACACAAGUGCCUGAAGAUGCAAAAGUAACAGACUUUUCGAGUCAUAUAAAGCCAACCACAACGGUAUCAGCGUCUAUGGCAACAUCCUCAACAGCAACUACAACUGCAGCAGCAACUGCAGCAGCAUCCAGUGCUACAAACGCUGCUAGUUGGGCUGCGCCUAUGGCAACGCCACCAUCGCCUGCACAGCAACUACCAUCCACGACGACAGCUUCUCCUUCUACUACUACUACUACUACUACUACUACUACUACU